AGGCAGUGUGUGAAAGUAGUGGUUUAGUAAAUUUCUUCGAACUUGAAGAUGCGGUUUCUUCAGCAGUCAACAACAUGGAUAGUUUUAGUGGCAGCUACAGUUCAAUGCCAUGCAAUUUCUGUUCAUCAAUAUGCUCCAGAGUAUGAUAAACCUACAGACUACAGUUUUAGUUACGGAGUUAAGGACCCUCACACAGGCGAUGUGAAGCACCAAUGGGAGAAGAAGGAAGGUGACACUAUCAAAGGCCAGUAUUCGCUGGUUGAAGCUGAUGGAUCAGUUCGGGUUGUUGAUUACACAGCGGAUGAUAAAAGCGGCUUUAAUGCUAUCGUGAAGAAAAGUGGUCCUUUGCGACAUAUCACGCACGAUUCUAAAGACGCAAUUAGCCACAAUAACGUGCAGCUGAAGCAUGGUGGAGCCCAUUAUGAGCAAGAGGUUGCUAGUGAGGAGGCAGAGCCUCAACAGCAGUUUGAGUACGAGUAUGCAAGAAACAAUGAAGAAGGAGGUGCUGCAGUGGAAGAGGGACAGGAAGGACAGGAAGAUGAAGAUCAGAACCAGGAGUACAUUUACCUUAAGCCUGAAGAAGCAGCAUCGGCGCAAGAAUCACAAAGAGUAAUUUCCAAAACUCAGUACAUCCCAAGAAAACCCGUUAUUAGUGUUAAAGAGGAAUAUGAAGAUGUAAAAUUCCUGCCACAUCUUCCAAUUGAUUUAAACCUGCUGCAAAAGGACACCUUGGAAAAAAUAAUUCCCUUGGACAUUCAGCCCAUUAAACCGAUAGAGAUAAAAUUCCAAGAAGAAAGAGCUCACGAGAAGCCAACAAUUCAGUCCCACCCAACGCAUAACACUCCAAUAGUUCCAAAAAAAACCUCCCAGAAAGACAACGCAAUGAAACCGAGCCAUGAACUGUCUCAAGAGGAGCUUAAUAAGUAUCUGCAGGAAUAUUACUCAAAAGACAUCAGCAUGAGUAACUCGCAUCAACCAGUGAUCGAAACGGGUUUCAAGCCGAUCAGACCCAAGACGAAAAACCCGAUUACUCAGCCGGUCGCUCCAAACACAUACAAAUCUGGCAAGAAACCUCAAAGCACUCCAGGCCUGAAACACUUUUCAACUAAGCCGAAUGCAAACAGCAACUAUGCGAGUAAAUUUAACUCAAGAUUACCCCAAACCAGCUACGGAUACCCAUACAUGCCACUGGUGAAGCAAACAUUGACUGGUAACCGACAGAAGGCGGAACUCACUCGAUUGUAUCGAAGUGCGUCUAAUAAUGGAUACACCAGGUAUGCGAAAAGAGUCAGCUACCAAGACGUGUAAUUUGUAAGAAAGUGUCUAAAGGAGUUUUAGAUCAUUUAGUGUUGAAGCAAGUAGAUUUUAUUGAGCAUCCAGAUCCUGUUUGGUCUGGAUGUGGAAGUAUGUAUUUAUUGAAACGGUUAGCUAAGUUGUGUUAUUUAUUAUAAGGGACGCUUUUUAACUGUUUUCUAGAGUGGUCUGAAUUACGUGCAAUAAAUUCUAUUGAAAAUGG